AUGAUACGAUUUAAGGUCGGGGAUAAUGUUAUAUUACGGCAAGAUAUUGAUGCUAAUCCACAGAAUAGAAAUUAUCCAUUAUAUCAGUGGUUCUCAAACUGGGGCCUAUUGUGGCAAAAUCUUAGUGCAUGCACCACAGAUGGAGCACCAGCUAUGCUUGGAUGUAACUCUGGUUUCCGAGGUAGAGUACAAUCUGUCAAUCCAAAUGUAAAACAUCUUCACUGUAUGUUGCAUCGUUAUGUUCUUGCUGUGAAGACAAUGCCUCUUGAACUUAAAAAUGUUCUUGACGAUGUUAUUAAAAUUGUCAAUCAUAUCAAAAAAAGUCCUUUAAAUUCGCGAAUUUUUUAUUCAAUUUGUGAAGAAUUUGGUUCAGAUGAGAAGGUUUUACUAUAUCACACAGAAGUUCGAUGGUUAUCCAAAGGAAAUGUUCUUUCCAGAGUGCACAUAUUUGAAAAGCUUGUAUUAACGCGAAUCUCUCCUGUUCUACAAUUGUCAGAAUUUCAGCACAGUUUUAGACCAGAUAGUUCUACAACGACCAAUUUGUGUUCUAUCUCUUAG